AGUCAUUGGACGCCGCGCUUAACUAUCGGAACUAAAAGAAGUGAUACCAAGUUGUUUAGAGCCUACCAUCCUUAGAAAAAAAAGAAGCAACAGCUCUCUUUGUGGGUUGUGUGACAAAUUGAAUUUCCUCCUUGGCAACAUUAUUCUGGAAAGGAAAAUUUUCGUGGUGAUUUAGAAAAGUGGUGCAAAGGAAGAAAAUUAAAUUCACAAAGUUUCCUUCUCUAAACGUGCUUUUUUGAGAGAAUUUUCUGACAAUUUAUCUGAAUUCAACAGUUUUUUUCUGCUUGGAUAUAUCAGUGCCGUUGGGAAUUUAAAUUUGUGGGACAAUGUAAGGAGGAAUUCUCCUCCAGAGACCCCACCACUAGUGAAAAUAAAGCUAACUAAGGACUCCCAAGAGACUCCUUAAACAGUGUGUGACUGUGCAAAAGGAACUCAAAGGACUAACUCAAAAAAAAAAAAACUAACCCAAAAGGACAUUUAUAGUCCAAGAGUGAGUAAAAAAAAUUAUCAGUGCUACUAUUCAAAAGGAGAAGAAGGAAAAGGAAAAAAAUAAAAAUGUGGUGUGCUAAAGUAUUCAUUCUUGGCCUCAUUCUGCAAGUUUGCGUCAUGAUUUCGGACUUUGAAUCUACAAAUGAAGAUUAUGCGGAUGAAAAUGAUAAAUACAUUCCGAAUUUUGUGACUGUUGGUCAGGAAUACAGCAUACCUGUCGGAUCAACCGUCGUACUGCCUUGCAAGCUCAAUCAUUCAGAAUUUCACCGAGAAUACAUUUUAGCAUGGAAGAAGGAUAAUGCCGUAUUGUCUGCAGGACACAUAAAAGUCAGCAUGAAUCCGCGGAUAAAACUAAUACAAUCACAAAGUCGAGAUAUGAAGGAUAAUAGUAUUAAUCUCGAAAUAAAGCAAGUUAGGACGUCAGAUACUGGAAAAUAUAUUUGUCAACUCAGCUCCACGCCACCCCGUGAAGUGGUACAUACUCUUGUUGCGCUAGUUCCGCCGAAGAUAACGUUUCUAUCUCCGGCGGUGAGAUUAGAAGUCGCCAAAGGUUCUCCAAUUCACCUUGAAUGCCAUGGUGAAGGGAAUCCUCCACCUACAAUCUCCUGGUCACGCAAGAACAAUGUCAUGCAUAAUGGAGAAAAUGAGAUUAUACAGGACAUUUUAGAGAUUCCCCAUGCUGAUCGAAGUUCUAUUGGGACGUACAAAUGCACAGCAGAUAAUCGUGUUGGGCAACCUGAUACGCGAGAUAUCGAGGUGUAUGUGAUAUAUCCACCCGAAAUUGAAGUUGAACGCCCAAUUGUUCACACAGGGGUAGGAUUUGAGGCACACCUCGUGUGUAUUGUUCACGCUGAACCACCGCCAAUAAUACACUGGUUCAUGGAUACAACGCAACUUGCUACCACUGAACGUCAUUCGCAGCAGAAUCGCGGAAAUCGCUACACCAUGAUGAUUCGUAAUGUUUCAUUUUUUGAUUUUGGCAACUACACCUGCCAGGCUGCCAAUAAGUUAGGAAAGGAGCGGAAGGGUAUGACACUAACUGGCGUUCCCGUAAUGUCUGUGUUUGAUUCGCCAACUCUGGGUCCAAGUCGAGAGCACUACAACAUCUCAUGGACCACGGUUAGCUAUGCAUUCAUCUUUGAAUAUCGUCUCUUCUACCAUCAACACUACACAAAUAAGGGAACUAUUGAUGAUGAAUUGAGCACCAAUAAGCUAUUGCGACGAAAUCAGCCCUAUUCAUCCAACUCUAGGCAAUUUGAUCAACUAGAGACGCCUCCCACUGAACACUGGAACGUUGUGUCGCUAAUCGAGAGGACACACAAUAAGAUUGGCCGUGGAUCCAAUGUAGCUGAUCAGUACGUGAUCUUUCAGUAUCCUAAUGAUGUACUCAAUCCACGACAUCGUAUGUCCUUUAUGCUGAGAAAUCUCACACCUGCCUCCAGCUACGAAGCAAGGGUGCAAGCGAGAAAUUCAUUUGGAUGGAAUGAACUAUCUACCGUCUUUCAUUUCUCCACACGAGCGGAAGAUGUUGAGGUGGAAUUGUCGGCUCAACCUGCCAUCUCCAAGAAUGCUGACGUCGAUGGUUCCAACCACAGUAGAGGCCAUAAAUUUUCACCCUUCUACAGCUUUCUCAUGAUCAUCCUCUACUUUGUGAGUAUACUCAUUGAGAAUCUGUUGUGAUGUGAUUAAUUUGAGCGCUUCUUUUGUGAUUAGGUAUCACGUUAAAAACCCUUAGAAAAUUACAUUUAAACCCAAAAAGAAAGACUUAAAAUUAGAAUUUUCACGAAUAUUUUAGGAAUUUUACGACUAAAAAUUCAAAAUUAGGAAAAAAAUACGAGAGAUAAAGACGAUAUUUUUUUAAAAAUACAUUUUUGUACACAGAGAUAUUGAGAUUUUUUGACAAAAAAAUUAAGGAAAAUCAGGAGGGAAAAUUCCUCACCAAAAAAAAAUAACCAUUAAUUUUGAAUGCUAAAUUUAAUUCAAAAUUACGUCGUUAUGCGAAUUUUUAUUAAGUAUUCUUAAAAAAAAUAAAUAUUUUGUAAAAAAAAUAUUUUCAACAUCGACGAUAAUGAAAAAAAAGAGUUCAUUCGACAUUCACUUAAGAUGCGUAAAUGAGUAAAUACGUAAUGAAGUAUGUUGUAAUUUUUCCUUCAUACAGUGCAAUAUUUUAUCUCAUAUUAUUUAUGUAUUUACUAAUUUACUUUCAGUGAAUUUCUUAAGGAUUUUUUUUUACAAAAUGGCCAUUUCUAUUGUCCCAAUUGAAAAAAAAAAGAAAAAUGACAAACAGGUUCCUUAAUUUUGUAACCACUUUAUGGUGGUGAAUUUUGCAAAUUUACCAAUUUUUUUCAUUUAUUGACCAUUAUUCUUUAAUAAUAAAUUUCAAAUAUUUAAAAAUAAAACUAAAAAUGUAAGUGUCAUAAGUUAAUUUUUUGACAUUUCUCAUGAUUUGAAAUCAAAAUAAAAAUCAAUGACAGCAUAAGGCCAUUUUGUUAAAUAUUCUAGGGAACAAAUGAAAAAGCAAAAAUGAAAGGCUUACGCUGAAACAGCGCUUUUUACAUUUGACCCUAAGAAUUUUAAAGACUGUCAGUGAUGUCAAAACAAACAGUAAAAUGAAUGACAGUUCAGUCACCGAUUUGACGGCAAACUGUCAUUUUUUUUUCUAAUAUCUUGGCAACAUUGGAGUUAAGUACGUUAAGUACGUAGUAUUAAGUAAAAGUAAAACGAAAUAAGUUACUUUUAAUAAAAGAAAAAUCCCAUCUAUUUCUAUAUGUUUGACAUUUUAAAAAUUAAAACCAUCCCAAAAGCCAUUUUUAAAAAAGAAAUCCCGAUAAUAUACAGCUCACAAACGCAUUUUUUAAAAGAAAUAUUUUAUCAGUCAUAGAAAAAUCUAUUUGAAGUAAAUCAAUAGUAUCAUUUUCAACACAAAAAAAUCUUUUAAAAAAAAAAGCUGUAAGCACAGCACGCAACUGACAGACAGUUGAAAGAAAAAUUUACAUUAUGGAUCCAUAAUUAAAAAAAAUGGUCUCCUUAUGGUCAUUUUGUGCCAACUGAAUAUAACAAAAAAUGAUUAAAUAAAAAAAAAUCUCUACUAAAAAUGACCUCAUUUGCGAUGAGAAUUUCUCUCUCGCUGAAUCCAUAUGCAGGAUAAGCAUAAACAAAAUCUAGAAAAAUCCAAUAGCGAUGCAAAAAAACAAACAUGGAGGAAAAUCUAACCAAUGAUUUCGAAUAAAUGAAGUGAUUACAAAGCCGACAGAUAAUGGAAACGUCAUCAUCAUAAUUUACAAAUUGUGCAAAACUAAAGAGAAGUGAAAAAUUAAGAAAUAAAAGUAAAAAAUAAAGAAGUUAAAGCUAAAAAAAGAAAAUAGGAAACAUCACAACUGGAUACGAGAAAUAAAACCACUAAUAGAAUAAAAAAAUGAUGAAAGAUAAUUCAGAAAGAUAAAUAUUAUAACCAGAAAUAAACAUAUCCCCCAAAGGAAUCAAUGUUGAUUGUGACCAGUUCAUCUGAAUGUCAAAAAAGUGACAGUUUAUGGCAAAAGAAAUGUCUAUUUGUGAUGACUUCAACGUUUGUGAAAGAAAUAAUAAAAAAUAUGUUGUGAAGCUGUUAUAGCAACUAUUAUUAUUUUGACUUAAUUUUCACAUUUCAAAACUUUCAAUCCAAUCACUUAUAGAUGUCCCUCCCCUGACCAAAUCUGGCGAUCAGGGUUUGAUUUGAGAUUUUACAAAAAAAAGGUAUUACGGCUUCAGUUUUAAGUCUGUCAAACACUGUCACUUACUGUAAAAGAUUACGAAAUUUGAAGGGAAGAAACGUCAGUGUCAAAACAAGAUGUGUCAGAUUAUAUUCAAGGACACGUACGCUGAACGUAUAAUUGUUCUGUCGCGUUAGAUAAAUGCGAUUGACAGUUAAAACACAAAGGACGCCACAGAAGCCAUUUUUUUAAAAACAGAAUUACACUAAAAUAAAUCCUUUAGUUGAAUUGAAAGUAGAAACCAUGAUCGCCAGGUAAGGCCAUUUCAACCAUAAAAUAAUAAUUGUGAUGGAUCAAUAUAUAAAUGUAAGAAAACAAAAUGAUUAAAUGGAAUUCAAUAAAGAAAAUGUUCAAUGGCUAAAUUCUGAUGUAAAAUCUAACUUUUCUAUACAAUCUUCCCACAGUUUGUGGGAAAAUUUUGUAUGCAAAAUCGAUACUAAAUGAAAAGAUGAAUCACAUAUCAGAAUCUAGCCGCAUAAAGGUAAAAAAAAAUGACAUCUUUUUGUGAGAAAAACUUUGCUACAUUCAUAUUUACAAUGAAGAAAAUAUUUAUUCUUUUGUUUAAAGAGAAAUAGAGUAGUUGGUAUUUCACAUGUGGAAUACCAACUAAUAUAGAUUGAGAUGAGAUUUUGCGAGUAUGUGUGAUAAAGCAUGAGGGUGGUUUGCGUCGCAGUGGGAAAAGUGUGUGCGUGAUGAAAUAAAUUUUAAUCAAGGAAAAAAUACAUUAAAAAAGAGACGUAAUUAAAUAUAACUCAUAUAUAGAAAGAAAUAUAAUGGAGAUUAUUAUCCCUUUAAAAAAGUAUAUUAAAAAAUGAGAUGUGUUAUUGAAAGUCUAUAAAUGUAAAUAAAUGUAAUGUACCUUCUGAAAUCAUUGUAAUAUAUGUGAUCACAUAUAUAGAAUAAAUAAAAAAAAGGAUUAUCGUGAA